GACAGGGCCUGCUGUGGUCAGUGACAAAAGCUGGCUGCAGUCCAGCCAGCCCUCUGCCCUUUCCUGAGCCUGACAGACUGCCACCUCCACUGGGUGCACACUUGGCCACAGGACAGAAACAAACGGAAGUCAUCAUGCAGCUCUUCCUCCUCUUGGGUCUGCUGCUCCUCAGCCCUGAGGCUGCCACCCUCCGCCGCCACCAUCACUCCCGUGAGAUGAGGAAGAAGGUCAAGGAGCUCCCCACAGAUCCCACGGCAGCCCCCAGCAGCAGGGAUUUCACCUUUGACCUCUACAGGGCUUUGGCCGCUGCUGCUCCUGGCCAGAACAUCUUCUUCUCCCCUCUGAGCAUCUGUACCAGCCUAGCCAUGCUCUCCCUAGGGGCAGGGUCCAGCACAAAGAUGCAGAUCCUGGAGGGCCUGGGCCUCAAGCCGCAGGAGAGCCUGGAGGAGGAGAUGCACAGAGCCUUCCAGCAGCUGCUGCAGGAGCUCAACCAGCCCAGAGACGCCUCCCAGCUGAGCCUCGGCAACGCCCUGUUCACGCAUCCCUUGGUGAACGUUCACGAUGCCUUCCUGAGCGCCACGAAGACAAUGUACCUGGCAGACGUUUUCUCCACUAACUUUGGGGACCCAGCCGGGGCCCAGAAGCAGAUCAAUGAUUAUGUGGCAAAGCAAACUAAGGGCAAGAUUGUGGAUUUGAUCCAGAACCUGGACAGUACCACGAUCAUGGUUAUGGUGAAUUACAUUUUCUUUAAAGCUAAGUGGGAGAUAAGCUUCAGCCACAAAAACACCCACGAGCAGGACUUCCAUGUGACCCCAGAGACAGUGGUGCGCGUGCCCAUGAUGAACAGUGAGGACCAGUAUUACUAUCUCCUGGACCGAAACCUCUCCUGCAAGGUGGUGGGAGUCCCCUACCAAGGCAAUGCCACUGCUUUGUUCAUUCUCCCCAGCGAGGGAAAGAUGGAACAGGUGGAGAAUGGACUAAGUGAGAAAACACUGAAGAAGUGGUUUAAGAUGUUCAUGAAGAGGGAGCUCGAUCUUUACCUUCCGAGGUUCUCCAUUGAGGGCUCCUAUCAGCUGGAGAAAGUUCUCCCCAGGUUGGGGAUCAGUGAGGUCUUCACCUCCGAUGCUGACCUGUCUGGGAUCAGCAAUAACUCUAACAUCCAGGUGUCUGAGAUGGUGCACAAAGCCGUGGUGGAGGUGGAUGAAUCAGGAACCAAAGCGGCUGCAGCCACGGGGAUGGUCUUUGUAUUCAGGUCGGCCCGACUGAGCUCUCAAAGGGUAGUGUUCAAUAGGCCUUUUCUGAUGGCCAUUGUGGAAAACAGGAAGAACAUUAUCUUCUUUGGCAAGGUCACCCACCCCUGAAGUGGGCAUUCUCCACUGGCAUCCACAGUGGGAGCCGGGGAUGUGCUAUGGCCCAUCUGUCCGCUGGUAGCUAGUGUCGAACAAGGCAACAUGAAUAACAAUAAAAAGAUUGAUACACUAAUGAUUGCUUCGUCUCACACAAUUGCAAGACAAUCGCCUUGGUGAACGUUGCAGAACACUCAGUCUUGCCCUCACUUUUCAUCACUGAACAUUAGCCCUGAGACCCAGAGAAGCUGGUUGACUCACCCAAACUCACACAUCAUAACACUGGCAGAAAGAGGCCCAAAGUCUACAUUUUGGAUGCCUAUCCCAGUGUCACAAAACCCUGUAGCAGGAUGUUUUAGAAGAGGAGGGCCACCAGUAGGCACAUGUCCAAGCCUCCUGUCAACAAAAAAUGUCAGUUAAUCUUGGUUUGGAAAAACACUGGAGUGAAAGUCUAGAAUAGGGGCUACUGUCCCAGUUCUGUGACACUGGGUGAUGCUGUCCCUCUCUGGACCUCAGUUUCCCCACAUAUAUAAUACAAUGAAGGAUCAGGGCAAAGAUCCAAUCCAAAGACCCUAGAAAUCAUAUACAAAGACCAGGGCGUAUUCUGUCAAUUAUAGCUGUUUUCAAUACAGUCAAGUGCCAUUUAUCCUUUAAGAAAAAAUCCUAGACAUUAGGGUGGAAGUGGCCUAAUGCAGGAGCUCAUCACACUGUAGAUAAAGUUAUAAUCUUAUGGGCUUGCCUGGGGCUGGAGAAAUUAAAGCUUGUUGCAAACAGUAGAGUAUCAUUUGGAGACACUAAUUACUAACUUUUGGAAUUUUAUGUCAGCAAUAAAACGCAAUAAAGCAUUUUGCAAACACUG